GCAAAAUGGAAAUCUAAACGCGCGAGAGACAGAGAAGAAGACACAAACACACACAUUAACAACAAGAUAAGAAAAAACAACUAUAUUAACACAGAAACACGAGCACAGAUGAUGAACAAUCACUCGAUCUCGCGCUGGCUGAACCGCAUCGGUCUGCCUCAAUACACCAGCGCUCUGGAGAAACAGUACUACGGUCUGGAGGGUCUCCAAUCUGUGACUGAAGAGGAUCUAAGAUUAAUGGGAGUUGAAGAUCCAGAUCACAGAGUGAAGAUUAUAGCGGAGCUGCAGAAACAGCAGUGUGAUACAGAGAAUAACUGUACUACCGGCACGAUGAGCAGCAGACACUCGCUGGACCUCAAGCGCACUGACCUCUUCCGUCACAGCAUCAUCCCGAGGUUGCGUCGCCGUGAUAAAAGAGUCUCCGCCUCCUGCAUCCAGCUCCGCCCUGAAGACCACGCCCCCUGCAGCAAACACAAACCCAGGAGGAGGAGUGUGACGGCCUUCAUCAGUCAGGUGUUCUCGGGCCUGAAGGAUAUGGACGCUCUGAAGAAGGAACUGGAGGAGGAGCUGAAGCUCAGCACUGAAGAUCUGAGGAGUCACGCCUGGUACCACGGACAGCUGCAGCGAGAGGGUGCAGAGCAGUUGUUGGGCAGAGAUGGAGAGUUUCUGGUUCGGGACUCGAGCACCAGCGCUGGCGAUUACGUCCUGACCUGCAUGUGGAAAAAUCAACCCAUGCACUUCAAAAUCAUCCGCAUCACACUGCGUCCCAAACAGGGUUACACGCGGGAGCUGUUUCAGUUCGAGAACGAUCAGUUCGAUAACAUUCCAGCGUUAAUCCGCUUUCACGUCGGUGGCCGGCGUCCGAUAUCACACUCCACUGGAGCCGUCAUCUUCCAGCCAAUCACACGCACUCUGCCUCUACGCAUCAUCAGCGAGCGUCAAGCUGCCAAAUCAAGCUCCGCCCACCUGACGCGGAGCCAGAGCAAGAGGCGGAGCCUGAGUACUUCUCAGAAGGACACGCUGCAGGUCAACACCAACAACCUGCUCAGGAGCGGCAGUCAACCUGCUAAUCUGGAGACAGUGGGGAGACCGUUUCUACAGUCUGCACAAUCUGACAGCAACCUUCGCACAGGUGUACCUCAGAGCUGUCCAUCACAGGACUCCGGCCCCGCCCCCGUCUCCCCAGUGUUCCGCACAGGAAGUGAGCCUGUCCUCAGUCCUGCUGCAUCCUGUGCUACUCCAGCGGGACAGUCAGCUCUGGGCGUUUCUCCUCUGCGUGGCUCUGAUGGUCAGCUGCAUUCACGAGCUCCACCUAAACCCCUGCGCAUCUCCAUCAUCUUCAGCCCCGCGCAAACUGACCCGGAGUCGGAUCCUGCCGACCUCUACGGAGAGCUGGUGCCGCAGGUGCCCAUCACCAUGCUGCCCAAGGGUCACGCAGCUCGUCUCAGGGCGCAGGAGCAGAAGUGGAAGAGUCGAGCGCGCCUCACCGACACCAGCUUUGGGUUCCUGGAGACGCAGCGGGUGGAGGAGGAGCAGCGGAUGGAGGAGGAGCGCAGAUCCGGCUCGGAGCUCCAGCAGGAGGAGCGUGACUGGUGCUUCGAGCGGCCGCAGACUGAGACCUCCUCAUGCUUCCGGCUGGACGAGUUCCGCUCGCUGCUGCUGCCCGACAACAACCGCCCGCUGGACCAGAGUGUGCUGCCGAAGGUCAAAGAGCUGCUGACACAGACCGACGCCAGGACCACCGCUCUGCACAUGCUCAGCGUCAACUGCCAGGUGGCUCGGGUUACAGGUGUGACGGCGGAGCAGAAGAGGAUCAUGGGAGUGGAGACGGGUUUGGAGCUAGUCACGCUGCCGCACGGAGGACAGCUCAGACAGGACCUGCUGGAGAGGCACCAUGCUCUGGCCCUAGGCAUCGCGGUGGACCUUCUGGGCUGUACAGGGACGGUGGGGCAGCGGGCGACGGUGCUGCACAGGAUCAUCCAGCUGGCACAAGAGCUUCGUAAUACCACACAUGACCUGUACGGCUUCUCUGCAGUCAUGAAGGCGCUGGAGAUGCCGCAGGUGGUGCGGCUGGAGAUGACCUGGAGAGCACUGAGGCGUAACCACACUGACAGCGCUGUGACGUUUGAGAAGAGCCUGAAGCCCUUCAUGAAGGCCCUCAAUGAAGGCGACGACUCAGUGGUGUCCGGGCCGCUGUCUCUGCCACACCUGCUGCCGCUGCUGAGGCUGAUGGAGGGUGAAGACGCGGUGGAGACGACAGACAGAGGCUGCCUGCUGCUCUAUAACCUGCUGCAGUCGGCCCGCAACGCCACACUGCACGCCAGAGACUGCACACUACACGCUCACGGCCUGCUGUCUGCCGGAUGGGAGCCAGUCCCGGAGCUGCUAGAGGUGUUUCAGACGGAGUUCGCUCUGCGCCUCUUCUGGGGUCAAACGGGCGCUAAAGCCGAGCGGAGGGAGAGAUUCGCCAAGUUCGACAGGAUCCUGGAGCUGCUGUCCCACAAGCUGGAGGCGGACGGAGGAUCUGCAGUCUGACCACACUCGAUCCCUGUAGACCACAACAACUGAGAGACAAGAAACACAGCAGCACAGGACAAAUAUGAUCAAGCACAUCCAGACGGCAUGCUGAAGCCUUCCUGCGGGUCACACUUCACGGCUCAAGGCUGAUUUUGAGUCUUCAUUUGGCUGCAGCUUGGCCUAAUGCACUGGAAAGCUUUCUAAAACUCAACAACACACUCUGUUCAGAUUGACUGCCCUGUGGUGAUGUUGGUGCCGUUUUUGCUUCAUUGACUUCCAUUAUAAUCACAGUUAUUGAUUGUAAAGACAUGACAGCAGAUGAUCAUGCAUUCUUGACUGGUGCUGGUUUUCCCUGGGGGGAUUAAGAGGGAACAUUUCUCAUUUUCACUGUUGAUCAUCAGUUGAUCAUCAGAAAAGCUUAGUUUCUGGGUUUUAUAUGGAGUGUAGUGUGUGUAUAUGUGUGUGUGUGUGUGUGUGUGUGUGUGUGUGAUCUUUGUGCACUUACCUUGAUCUGCCUGAGAAACUCAAAAUAAUCCUGCUCAGCUGUGAGAACACAGUAAACACAGUGAGCGUAUUUUUGCACACACACACACACACACACACACACACACACACACACACACACACACACACACACACACACACACACACACACACACUAAUCUGCUGGUUUACUCCACAGAACUCCAUAUAAAAGACUCGAGGACAGGCCUAACUAUAGGGUUAAUGCUGCACACUGAUGAUCAACAGUACAAUGACAGAUUUCAGCGUUGUUUUAAAGCUGUGAUGUGUGUGUGUGUGUGUGUGUGUGUGUGUGUGUGUGUGUGUGUGUGUGUGUGUGUGUGAGUCUAUACGCUCAGUUUCAGAGGAUUUAUGACCGUUUAUAAGGAAAGAAUCUAUUUUUGUUUCUUAAUGAAUUAAAAUGGGGAUAAUGUAAUUA